CCAACGUGCGUGCGCGUGCUAAGAAUACCAUUGAUCCAUUACCCACUGCCACCAUUCACUCCCUUCCAUUCCCCACAGACCCAUACCCGUACAACUGCACUGCACUGCACUACACUACACACUACAUACUUCCACCCAACAUACAUAAUCCUACAUAUACUUGAUACCACACACUCAAUAAAUCCUCUCCCCCACCGGUGCGAGCCGCCGUCGCAGUUCGCUGCACCCUCCCACCUUGGCCGCCCGAAGCUGAGACAUUCCCCUCCCGUCUCUCUGCCCAUCCUCUCUCCACCCUUCAACCACCACCACCAACUUCCGCCGCCGCUGCCAGCACCUCAACAAGGCGACCAAAAUACACACACAGAGAGAGAGAGCAACCACAAAAGAAACAACAAAUUCACCUCGGAACUGCCCUCUUGCUCUGUUUGCCUGCCUGCCUGCCAGCCUGUCGUGUGCCCUGCAUUAAUCAUCAAUUUGCUUGUCCUUGCCCUUCGCCGCCUGCUUUUCCAUCCGAACCUGAGACGGACACCCCUAACACCAUUGCAUAGCGAAGCCUCCUGAUCAACCCCGGUCCCAGCCAUCCAUCAGCCAAUCUACCGCCCCUCUCCACCCUUUCUCCCUCCUUUCCGCCGCCUACGCUACCUCUGACAUCCUCACCACUCUUCAACCUCAACCCAUCUCCGUUUGUCAUCUCGCCGCCCGCACGCUUGCCUGCCUGCGUCGCUUGUCCACCAGCCAGCCCCCCCGGGCUCCUUUCACCCUUCACCUUCCACCCGCGCUACUGCUCCGAGUUUGCAGCACACAACCUCCCAUCGACCACUUCGCCGCCUCUCAUCUCGACUGCACGGGUUCUGCUCCCGCUGCUUCGGACAUCGCACCAAUAAGCCUCCUCGCUUUUUGUGCUGCUGAGCGACCUGCUGCAACCCGCCGCUCGCAAGACUCGCCAACCCCACUGCUUGCUUGUCUCACCAUCAAGCAUUUAGCCUCCCCUUCUACUCUAUGCCGCGAUAGAUCGAGUGUGAAAGCAACUUCGACCACAACCUCCAUCCCGCGCAUUGCAGACACUCCUUCGUCCUCUUCACACCCACACCAUCACCCACCAUGCGUGAGGUCAACUUCAGCAUCCCAAAUGCCAACAAGGCGUCCGUCGGCAUCACCACCGCCCUCUAUGACCGCCGUGCCCUCGACUGCACUUCCACCCUCCCUCUCAUCAACUCCUUGAACCAUCUUGCCUAUCUCACAACGUCUUCUGCUAGGAUACGGGACAUUCUCACCGUCGAUGGCGGCAUCGAGCGUCUGAUAUGCAUCCUCAAAGAGGGCCGGAGCAAGGACAUGAUGGACAUGUGGAAGUGGAAUCUCGCAUUCCAAUGCAUCUUUAAUAUAGGGGUUCGUGGAUCCGAGAACGUGCGAACACGUGUGGUCGAAGCCGACAUGGUUCCCGUCAUCGCCACCAUUCUCGACAACUACAUCAAAGUGGUGGACAAGUGUCGCGAGAGGGCCGAAGCCGAAUUGAGGAGAAACACCCGUCUUGGUACAUCCGGCCGCCAUCACUCAUCUCGCUCUGGCGAGGCUUCAUCCAGCUCCGGCCACAGGGCUGAACGCUCUCGACGUGCUGUGCCCCCUCCCAUCGAAAUCCCUCAGCCUUUCCUCCCCGUCCCGUUGGAGUCGCAGGCCGCCCCAGACGCCACCACACCUACUCCGGCAUUCUCGUUGAGCUCCCCUCCCGAGCGGACCUCUUUCACUCGCCCUAUCCGCCCAGAAGCACGUCAUCACCACCGUAGCCACGAGGGCCGCCCCCAGUUGCCCAUUGGUCCCAUACGCAACAUGGCCCAGCCCUUGGCUACGGCUCUACCCGCGAUGGAGACAGGUGAGGGCUUCAAUUUGAGACCCGUGCGAGAUGCCGACCGCCUGCCCUCCAUGCUCCCUGCCUUACAGGGAGAGAUCACAUCUCAGCCCGAAUCUCCCACCACUCCGAAUGCCCCUCAGAUCCGACAAUCCAGUCCGCGGGCAGCAGCCAUGCGUGCUCGCCGUCGCCCUUCCAUUCGCCACCAGUUAUCCAUGUCUGGGGAGUCUGAUGUAGAUGCACAGCAGGAAGAGAUCUCUGCAGAGGCACCUGCAACGGCUGGUCCCGCUGUAAACGAGCCAAUUGUGGGGAUCCAAAACAACGACAUCAACAUGUCGGACAUUGUUGACACUACGGAGAUGAUCGAGGCUGGUGCGACACCGGUGCCCAUCCCAGCACCAUCCGAUGUCGUCGAGGAAGGCCACGAAACCUUCAACAUUACUCACCGUCCCGCGUUGGAUGGAAGCAUAAUCAAUCCCACUAAUACCCAAGCUGCGGGCCCCAUCGGCAACUUCUCCCCCCAGCCAGCCAUUAAUGCCGUUAAUACCAACCCGCCUCCUCCUUGGUACCCUCGCUACGCCCAAGACCGGACUGCAACAGCUGGUGUACUUGCGGCUAUGCCUCGCGAUGAGGAUGUCCUCAUGUCGCUCCAGCUUCUCGCUUAUGUGUCAAAGUAUUGCAACCUUCGCACCUACUUCCAGCAAUCCCACCUUGUUCCUAAGCUCAAGAUCGGCAACGAUCUCCAGCUGCUGGAUGGUGAAGCCGGUAGCCCGACGCCCAUGGUAGAAGAUGAGGAGGAACUGGAAGAGUACGAGCUUCCGGACGAUUACAACAUCUUCCCUCUUGUGGAGAAGUUCACGGUUCGACACCACACAUCGGAUAUGCAGUACUGGGCUAGCGUGGUGAUGCGAAACCUGUGCCGCAAAGACGACUCGCGAGGCGGCAUCCGGCAGUGCGCCUACUAUCAGUGCGGAAAGUGGGAAGAAUACACACGACAGUUUGCCAAAUGCCGCCGCUGUCGACGCACAAAGUACUGCAGCAAAGAAUGUCAAAAGAGCGCCUGGGUGUACCACCGACACUGGUGCGUGGCAGCAAACUAG